AUGCGACACAAACACAACCUUGACAUUCCUGACUCGACGAACACAACCACUGCCUUCACUACACACACACACACACACAGACAGCACCCAGAACCACAGCACCUCGCCGUGACUAAUUCCCUUUCCUUUCUCUCUAUCUCACAGGACACAUCAGACUUCAAGUGCAAGGGCGGUGCGAAACCCAUCUACACACCGCCUAAGCCUGUCCUAGGUGUGAUUGGCGCCGCUUCCUCCUCCGUAUCCGUCAUGAUAGCAAACAUCCUGCGACUCUUCAAGAUCCCACAGAUAAGCUACGCCUCCACUUCCACGGAGCUCUCUGACAAGUCCCGCUUCGAGUACUUCAGUCGCGUGGUGCCCCCGGACAACUUCCAGGCGAUGGCGAUGGUGGAGGUGGUCAAGGCGUUCAAAUGGCAGUACGUGUCCACACUGGCUGACGAAGGAGACUACGGGGAAAAGGGUAUCGCAUCGUUUACCAAGCUAGCGGAGUCUUCGGGUCUCUGCGUGGCGGUAGCUGAGCAGGUCAUGAGGAACACCCGGCCUGAGGACUUCGACUUGAUCAUUGAAAGGCUGAGCACCAAACCACAGGCGAGGGUGGUGAUCAUGUUCGUCAAUGAGGACAAUACCAGGCGGCUACUGGCGGCGGCGGUGAAGGCAGGCAAGGCGAGCCAGUUCCUGUGGGUAGGCAGCGACUCGUGGGGAGCAAAGAUUCACCCAGUAAGGGACCAGGAGGAGGCUGCCCUGGGCGCCAUCACCAUCCUGCCACAGCGAGCGUCCCUGCAAGGGUUCGAUCGGUACCUACGCAGAUUAAGGCCGCGGGAGAAGGGCAAGCCGUGUUCCAUCAAGGGUCCUGGUAACGACGAGGAGAGGAACUGCAGAAACGUUUGGUUCAAGGAGUUCUGGACGCAACACUUCAAUUGCACCUUCAGGAACCCACUGCCGGAGGGUCGUAGGGCCUGCGCUGGUAACGAGACCAUUACGCACGAGCAGGAAGGCCUCGUCCCCUUCGUCGUGGACGCCGUGUAUGCCUUGGCUUGGGCACUGCACACCCUCCUGCUUGACAAGUGCGGGGCCAUGAGGCUGUGUGAAGAGGUGCUGCCGGUGCCCUCAGGUCCUCAGAUGCUCGCCUACAUCAGGAACGUGUCCUUCAUUGGCCAGCAAGGAAGAGAGGUGAAGUUCAACAAGGACGGUGACGCGCCAGGGAGUUACUUCAUCUACCAGUACCAACGAGUGAGCCACACCUCCUAUGACUACGUGCUGAUCGGGAACUGGACAGAAAGUAGGCCGGCGCUACACCCACUGAGACACUCGCAACACAACACCCACCGCCAUCGAAAAAGACUGUCACUCAACCACACCAAGCUGGAAUGGACGGUGGACCAGAGAGGCAACAAUACCCACCCUCUGUCCAUCUGCUCCUCCCAGUGUCCCAACGGCCACAUACGCAAUUUUCAGGACUCGUGUUGCUGGUCCUGCGUGCCCUGUCCUGAACACGCCAUUAUUUACAACGACACCUGCCGUUCCUGCGCGCUUGGCUGGGCCCCGACGGCGGACAAGGUCACCUGCUACAAACUAACCCCGGAAUAUAUUACCUGGGACUCCUCGUGGGCCAUUGUGCCGCUGGUGUUCAGCUCCCUGGGUCUCCUGUGCACGCUGCUCACCACUCUGACGUUCAUCCGGUUCAACACGACGCCUGUCAUCAUGGCCAGCGGAAGAGAGCUUUGCUACGUCCUGCUGUCCGGCAUCGCGCUCUGCUAUCUCAUGACUUUCGUGAUCCUUGCUCCCCCAUCCCCACCCACCUGCGCGCUGCUGAGAAUAGGACUUGGCUUGGGUCUCUGCAUCUGCUACUCGGCCAUCUUCACAAAGACCAACCGCAUCUCCAGGAUAUUCAACCGCGGCAUUAAGUCCAUCAAGCGUCCCUCCUAUACCUCGCCGCGCUCCCAGAUUGUCAUUUGUUCUGGCCUGGUGAGUGUGCAGCUGGUAGGCGUGGUGGCGUGGCUGAUUGUGGAGACGCCCGCUACUAAGGAAGUGUAUCCGUAUCGUCUCGUGGCCGUGCUGACUUGUGGUAUCUCUAACAUCUCCCUCAUCCUGUCCCUCGGCUACAAUAUGGUGCUGAUUCUCCUUUGCACCGUGUACGCUUUCAAGACCCGCAAGAUCCCGGAAAACUUCAACGAGGCAAAGUACAUUGGCUUUACUAUGUACAGCACCUGCAUUGUGUGGCUGGCUUUCGUCCCUAUCUACUUCGGCACCAACAACGAUUAUAAGAUCCAGCUUGCCUCCAUGUGCAUGUGUGUGAGCAUCAGCGCGUCCGUGUCCCUAGGCUGCCUCUUCUCUCCCAAGGUGUACAUCGUCAUCUUCCAGCCAUACAAGAACGUCCGCCAGGGAUCAGGACCCGUCAAGGGGUCGCAGAACAAGAACUACGGUCACAGCAUGCGGUUCACUUCACGCUCACAGACGGCACAGUCAGUGUUGUCGGUGAACCACUCGAGUGUGCACGCCCCGCCGCCCUCCACCAUCAGCCAGCAUGUGAAUGGAGACUCCCUGACAGUAACGACCCCGAGCGUGGAGGACACGUCAAUCACCUAGGGGCGGCGGGAGGUGCUGCUCUAACUGGAGACGCACCUCCCUACGGGGUUCCCGACAUUGAGGGCGGCGGCAAGAGAACGUCCGCUCUGCCACAACACUUCACGGGAGGUUCGUUCAUGAGAGUUCCGUCAGAGGUUGGCAGCAGCGGCGCCAGUCUCGGGGAGACUCUCAGCGUGGUUGAGGAGUGUGAUUUUGAAGAUGAAGAGGAGGAGGAGGAGGAGGAAGAGGAGGAGGAGGAG